AUGGAGCAGAAUAAUUUGACCUCUAAUGAUUUUUACCGGACUGCUUACACUGGAUUUAUAUUGGUGUUUCAUGAUCCGUGCAUUUGCUUAUCGAAAUAUGCUAAUUAUCAGUCUUGUUCCAUUGUAGAGGUUAUAGUCAUUUUGAUAUUCAUCAAACAUGCCACUUUGAGUUUGUUCCACUUUCUAACUAAAAGGGAUAUAUGUAUAGUUGGUGGGGAAUCUUUUUCUAACGAUUACACUUUUGGCUUUAAAUGUUGGUUGCCUUAUUUUAUUUACCAUUUUAAACAUCUUCACCAGGUACUCCCAUAUGAUCAACUAAUGCUGGAGUUAGAUGUCACCAAUGUCCGUGAACUUGAAGAUUUUCUUAUCAAUGAGUGCAUGUAUGCGGGUAUAGUCAGAGGAAAGCUUGAUCAACUGCGAAGAUGUUUUGAGAUCCACUUUGCUGCCGGGAGGGAUUUGAGGUCAGGACAACUAGGGAGUAUGAUCCAAACACUGUCCGGCUGGUUGGAAACAUCAGACAACUUACUAAUCUCAAUUCAAGAGAAGAUAAAAUGGGCUGAUGCUAUGAGUGAGGAGAACAAAAAACAUCGAAAGGAGGUUGAAGAUAGGGUGGAGGAAGUAAAGAAGUCCAUCGCUGCCAAGAAGUUACACACUGUAAGCAGGCCGAAGUUGACAUCCGAGGGCUUGAGGAAUUGUACUCUGAACCUGGUGGACUGAUGGACUAUGAAGAAGACCGAAGCCGACCAAAGAGGUUACU